AUGAACAUGUCGGGAGACACAUUGUACAAGGUCAUCGAUGAGGAUGGCAAUGAAUGCUAUAAUAAGCAUGAUCGCGAGAAGCUCGAUAAGGUGUUGAACGUGAACGAGUCGAACUUUGGUGUGCUUCAAUCGCAGGCGGUCCGCAUCGAUUAUAUUCGAAGCGAGCUUGGAUUGCCACCGAAGCCGAACGCGGGAUCGUUUCUGCCUUCGGGUUACGCGCAGCCGACGACGACGCCGACCGAGACGAUACCGGAGGAUGAGGAGAAGGCAAAGGAAAAACCGGAGAAGAAGUGUGCCGGGUCGUUUGAGGAGCUGCCGACGAUUCCGAACGCGAUUCGAAAGCAGAUUGUCCAGAAGGCUGCCAAUUCAUUGGAGAUCGCUGUUCCACAUUCUCUAAAUAUACAGCAAAAACAGUACACGUCGAUGAGGCGAGGAACCAUUAAUGGAUUGAUGAUCGGAAGCGCGGAUCGGUGCUUCUCGAGCUAUAGAAGUUUCCGCGAGUUCCUGGUGAAUCAGAAGGCGCCGAAGAGCUUGAUCAAUCCGUUUCGACCCGAAGAGUUUGCGGUGCAGGUGACGGCGAAUCGCCGCCGUUGGAUUCACGUGUUUCCGGUUGACGGCGAGGGUCGAUCGAAGUUGGCGCAUCAUUAUGUUGCUGGCCAGAGUAUUGUGCAUAUUGUCGGCGGGAAUGAUGUGCUGAGCUAUAAGUCGAACAUUUCGCUGGAUUCGCCGACGCAAUCGGUUCGACCCGACUCGCCGCUGAGCAAAUGUCUGAGUCCGGAGGAGCGAAGCGCCGGUUCUUCGAAUCAAUUGUCGUCGCUCAGUUUGGACGAGCUUAACAAGAAAUACGUGUGGGCAUGGGGGUCGACGGGCGAGGAGAAAUGGAACAUGGAUCUUGAAGUGAACACGGAUUGGAAGUCGCUGGUGCGUUCGGCGCUUCUUCCGAUCACGACGGACUUCUUUCCCGAUUGUCAGAGUCUUGAGAAGGAGUAUCUCGUCCAGCAGCAUCAGGUCUACUUGGGACAUUUGGAUUUUGCGACGAUUCGCAAUAUUUACGAUCAGCUCAUUUGUCAGCGACUUCAGAGGGGCUAUCAGAUUGUGCUGCUCGCCAAGAAGCUCAUUGAUGAUGCGAUAAAAGCGACGGCGUCGUUGAGCAAAGGAGCGCAAGAUGAGUGUGUGUUGUCGUUCAACAAGUAUUACCAUAAAUUGUCGCUGAUUGGCGAUUCGAUUCACAUCACCAUCUUUCGGCCCAAAUCGGAACCGCUUGAGGAGGUCCCUGGCCAUCCGGGAUGGUAUCCGAGACCAUCGCAAAAGGACAAUCCGUCGUUGUUCGACAAGUUCGGCUCCGACGCGCUGGACGAUGUGCUGAACUCGAAGUAUUUCAACACAGUCUACACCUACUUUUUCCAGGUGCCCGAUGCGUUGAGCUAUGAGAAAUCGACGACGAAAUUGCGGCAUCACGAUCUGGACAAGUUGAAUUGGAGCCUGUUCGAUUGUCUCUUCAAGGAUAAAUUUGACGCACAAUUAUUUGAGGACGAGAUGAAGUGUUUUUCAGCAAGCUAUAUUAUUGUACUUUACCCUCGCGAUAUUGACAAGACCCCGAAGAUGGCGAGAGAUAAAGUGCGUGGAGCUGAAUUCCGCGAAUCUUGCGAGUUUCAGCAGCACGAUGAGAAUUCGUAUGCGAAAUUCACACAGGUGCUUCUUUGUAUGAAUCGGCUCACGUAUACUGCGUACCGCUCGUUCCAGACGCCGAAGUCGCCGAGAAGCUCGGCGAAAGCCGCGGAGAAGGAGGAGGCGACGAUUAUCAAAAUUCCCAAGGACGACGCCAACUUUGUGCUUGAGGAAUUUAAGAAGACGAAUCCGUAUGUGAAAGCGAGCAGCACUGGGUUUGGCGAUCGGAAAGUGGCGAUUCAUCAUCCCGACAAUAUGUUCCUCACUUAUGAUUUUGCGAUUUAUCUUAAAAAGCAUGUUGAAGGCAUUCAGACGGUUGCUGAAGCUAUGGACUACAUCAAGGAAUAUGAGACGAGGGAGAUUAUUCGAAUUGUUCGGGCUUACGAUCCUGAUCAACCAGUCACACCUCCACCUCCGCCCACAAUUCCGAAUCAAGAGCAGCAGCCGGUUCUUCAGCAGCAGAUGCCGACGUUUGAGGAGCUGCACUUGAUCUACGGAUUCCAGCUGUGCUAUAUCGUUGGCGAUCAGUCGCCCAAUUUGAAGACGAGCCAUUUCUUGACGGUGGAAUACGCGAUUCGACGAUGUGUUCAGCCCGAUGAGGAAUGCGGACAUCAGGCGCGUCGAUUCAUGGAUAUUGAAUUGGCGGUGCCGACGAAUGAAAGCAUUGGCGAAUGGUCGAGGAUCUAUUAUAAUACGGGAUUCUAUCCGGAUAACGCGUUCAGCUUUACGAUGAAAUGGUUCUUGGCGAUGGGACAAACGGUAUCGGAUCUUUUGGCACUUUGGGGGAAUCGAGCCGGCCGAUUUGGGUACUCGUUGUACCCGGUGCCGGAUGAUCCGUUUGCGUUGGCGCAGGAUACGCACUCGAAUCCUUUGCGAUGCCCGAUUCGUAUUGAUGUCAAGGAUAUUAUGGAAAAGGAUGAGGAGCGCGACUUUAUGAUUCAUUUUAUCUUCCGAUUCGGAUUCGUUGAUAUGAAGUGCAACACGAAGCACGAUUUUGCGGCGACGAAACAGAGUUCGGUGUCGGAUCGGCGAUCGUAUGCGGCGCACUCGCCGUCGCCAAGCGAGAAAUACAUGGUUUCUGUAGGUCAGUACCCGGUCAAAUCGUUGGAUUAUGUCCAUCAGGCUGGGGGAAUGUUCCUAUCUUUGGUUUUGUCCGAUAUUCAGCCGCCGUUCUUCUAUUGGGCUUGGAACCAUAUGCUGAGUAAUCGGUAUCGAGGAAAAUGCACAGAAACAUUCCAAGACUAUAUGUUAUCGGAGUUUCGCCGCUACUGUGCGAAUGAGAAUAAUUUGUUGACGAAUCUGCUGGCGGAAUUCCGAGAAAAACGAAAAAACUUCAAAUCGCCGUUCUCGCCGGAUGAGGAACUUGUAACCGACGUCUAG